CUAAGCUUGGGUCAGAUUUCUCGUUAAGACCCGCCACAGUCAUUGUGAUGAAAGGUUUUAUCAUUGCUUUGUGUUUUGCUGUUGUUAUUUGGAAUCUUGAUGCUCUCCCAGAUGCUGAAGAUCGGUAUAGACAACAAAGAUGGGGCGUUGUUCUUGGUAAGAGAAGUACUCUCGACACGAUAAAUAGAGCUGAAAAAGACUWUUCAAAGAGAGGGGGCAUACUUGGCAGAUGGGGUGCCGUCCCUGGUAAGAGGACUGGCCUUGAUUUGAUGGAACGAUACAGAUGGGGUGCCGUUCCUGGUAAGAGAAACACGCUUGAUUUGAAGGAAGGGACAAGAAGUACCAAUUUAAAAAGAAAUGGGGGCAUACUUGGCAGAUGGGGUGCAAUCCCUGGUAAGAGGACUGCCCUUGAUUUGAUGGAACGAUACAGAUGGGGUGCCGUUCCCGGUAAGAGAACUAUGCUUGAUUUGAUGGAAGGAACUAAAAAUGUCGAUUCAAGAGAAAAACCCAGAAUUUUUCAGCGAGGGCGUUGGGGUUCACUCCCUGGUAAGAGAGGACUACACACCCAGAAAAAAAGCCAGCUCUCCGAGUAGGAAGACCCCUCCGAUAUAGCCSCAGUACCAUCGCGGGAACUUAUGACAUGAAAGGUGUUUAAAAACAAAUCAUCGUUUAAAUCGGUGAAAAAAUGUCACGAUAUUGACCGUAUAUUGCAAAUAAAAACAUUCUUCCCAUUA